UGGCGCGCGCGCGGCGAGGGAAGCAGGUGAGGCGGCGGCGGCAGCGCGGACGGAGGGCGGCGGCGACGGACGGGGCGGAGGGCGACGCCGAGGAGAGCCGAGCCAUGCUCGCCAACGCUGCCACGAUGCGGAUCCUCAUCAAGGGGGGGAAGGUGGUGAACGACGACUGCACCCUGGAGGCCGACGUCUACAUUGAGAACGGCAUCAUCCAGCAGGUGGGCCGUGAGCUCAUGAUCCCCGGCGGAGCCAAGGUCAUCGAUGCCACCGGCAAGCUGGUGAUCCCGGGGGGCAUCGAUACCAGCACCCACUUCCACCAGACCUUCAUGAACGCCACCUGCGUGGAUGACUUCUACCAUGGCACCAAGGCUGCCCUGGUGGGGGGAACCACGAUGGUGAUUGGGCACGUGCUUCCGGACAAGGACAUCUCUCUCCUGGACGCCUACGAAAAGUGCCGCAGCCUGGCCGACCCCAAGGUGUGCUGCGACUACGCCCUGCACAUGGGCAUCACCUGGUGGGCACCAAAGGUGAAGGCGGAGAUGGAGACCCUGGUGCGGGAGAAGGGCAUCAACUCCUUCCAGAUGUUCAUGACCUACAAGGACUUGUACAUGCUGCGGGACAGCGAGCUCUACCAGGUCUUCCACGCCUGCAAGGACAUUGGCGCCAUCGCCCGCGUCCACUCCGAGAAUGGAGAGCUGGUGGCCGAGGGGGCCAGGGAAGCCCUGGAGCUGGGCAUCACUGGCCCAGAAGGGAUCGAGAUCAGCCGGCCGGAGGAGUUGGAAGCUGAAGCUACGCAUCGGGUCAUCACCAUCGCUAACCGGACUCACUGCCCCGUCUACCUGGUCAACGUUUCCAGCAUGUCAGCCGGGGACGUCAUUGCCACUGCCAAGAUGCAAGGGAAGGUGGUGUACGCAGAGACCACGACGGCCCACACUGCGCUGACCGGCUUGCACUACUACCACCAGGACUGGUCCCAUGCGGCGGCUUACGUCACCGUCCCGCCCUUGCGGCUGGACACCAACACCUCCACCUACCUCAUGAGCCUGCUUGCCAAUGACACCCUGAACGUGGUGGCCUCCGACCACCGGCCCUUCACCACCAAGCAGAAGGCCAUGGGCAAGGAGGACUUCACCAAGAUCCCCCACGGAGUCAGCGGAGUGCAGGACCGCAUGGCCGUCAUCUGGGAACGGGGAGUGGUGGGGGGCAAGAUGGACGAGAACCGCUUUGUCGCCAUCACCAGCUCCAACGCUGCCAAGAUCUACAACAUGUACCCCCGCAAAGGCCGUAUCAUCCCCGGGGCUGACGCAGACGUGGUCGUGUGGGACCCAGAGGCCACCAAGACCAUCUCGGCCAGCACCCAGGUCCAGGGCGGGGACGUGAACCUCUUUGAGAACAUGCGCUGCCACGGGGUGCCCCUGGUCACCAUCAGCCGCGGGCGCGUGGUCUACGAGAACGGCGUCUUCAUGUGCGCCGAGGGCACCGGCAAGUUCUGCCCCCUCCGCUCCUUCCCAGACUCCGUCUACAAGAAGCUGGUGCAGCGGGAAAAGAGUUUAAAGCUCAAGGGCGUGGACCGCACCCCCUACCUGGGGGACGUGGCCGUGGUUGCCCACCCUGGGAAAAAAGAGACGGGGACGCCCCUGGCAGACACGCCCACCCGGCCGGCCACGAGACACGGGGGCAUGCGCGAUCUCCACGAGUCCGGCUUCAGCCUUUCCGGUUCUCAGAUCGAUGACCAUGUUCCAAAGCGAGCUUCGGCCCGGAUUCUCGCUCCCCCCGGAGGCAGGUCUAGCGGCAUUUGGUAGCUGCUCCCCCGACUUGUCCCCCAACUAAGGACGCCGUCGCCGCCCCCCCCACUUGCCCGGCUGCCCCCCCACGCCCCGCGGGCUCCAGGCAGACACACCUCUCACCGGAGCUGCCGCCGCCGAAGACCAGCACUUCACACCUGAUGACCCCCACCAAGACCCCUCCCCGGAAUGAGGCUGCCGGGGGGGUCCCGGGCCAGAGGCACCCCCUCACUCCACGGCUGCAUGGAAACGCAGGCUGAUGCACGGGGGGGGGGGCGAUGCUGGGCUGCUUCUGUCUCUUUCUUCCAGGUAGAGGGGGGCAGCUCCCCCAAGUGCCACGGGUGGUGGGGGUGGGGGCCGACUUAGGGAGGGGGCAGGGCCAAGGGGGGGCCACCUGGGCCCCCAGUUCCUUUCUGUUUUGCACGUUGGGUUUUUUGGAUAAGUGACAUUUUGACUUGUUUGUGCAUCACGUGGAAAAAAAAUGAAUAAUCCUGAAUUGAAAGGUGCUUUGUGUGACUAGCAGUAGGAUAGGAAGGGGGAGGCGGGGGGGGGGCUGGACAGGUCUCUAGGGUGGAGCCCCCCCUUUUCCAAGCAGCGUUUGCUGUGCAGAGAGGUUCACCCCAACAUUGCUUAGCAGUAGUGGGACCCCCUCUUUUUGCUCUCUUCCCCGGGGAGGGGUGAUGAUGCCAUGAGGUGGAUUGAGGGGGGUCCUCUGCUGCCUGACCCCCUUUUCCCUGGCCUUCUCUGCAGGCCCCACCCACUCAGUGCCUUCUCUUGCGAGGGGGGAGGGCUAAAGUGGGAGAUCUCCCACCCACCCCGUCCUUCCGCCAGCCCACCAGGCAGGAGUUGCCAGGGGCGCAAGAGGAGGGCCAAGACCCCUGGGCUCCCCCUGGAGAGUGCAGUGCAGUGGUUAGAGCAAGGGGACCUCUCUCCCCACAUUCCAGCCUAGGAUACGGAGCUUUCGUAUCUGCACCUUUUGGUAGGCAGGAAUCCCUUUCUGAUCCUUGGGUAGGGAGAAUGGCCCGUGGGGUGAAGGGACCAGAGACCCGGGGGGGGGGGAGGCUGGCUGCUCCCCAAAGCCUUGGGGCCUCUCCUUGCCACUUCGCAGAGGAAGAGGGGCUGGGUGCAUUGUCCUCUGCGACCCACUGUGAAGAGCUUGUGGGGGGGGAGCCAGUCGGGGUCUCAGCCCAUGGUGGAGAGCACCCGUUUGACCCGAGAGGCACCCCGUUGAGGUAUGGGAUGUCUUGAGAGUCGCCAGCAUACUCACCCCAACAUUCCUCUUUUAACACAAUGGUGCUAACCCCCCACCCCCUGGCUGACUGUUGGGGCCACAGAGCCCCCCUCCACCCCGCUAACCCCCCCGCCCACCCACCUGGCCUCCCUCUGGAGUAGUGUGAAGUGUGAACCGUUACUUGUGCACCUUCUCCCCCCCCCCACUAGUUGGUCCCCGUAGGUGUGCGAGGCUGGUGGGGGGCACGCCAGAGGACUCCUUUGCCCCAGGACCGCGGAGGAGGAGGAGGAGGAGUCCCGGCCCCCCGCCCGCCCCUCCGUUGGGAUAGUCUUGUAAUGGCUGUGAUAGCACCUGCUGCCCUGUGCGUUUCUGUUUCCUCAUUAAAUAGUGUUCUCAUGGUACAA